UCCUCAGUGUUCACAUCGAAGAUGGCGGCGGGCUUCGACCCGCUGGCGGUGGAUUUUGUGAUUAAAGGAGCGGGCGAGAAACUUUUGAGCGCUGUCGCAGGUCGUGUCAGAAACGAACUCGGCCGAGCUUCACCGUAAUUAAACUCCGAGAAAAGAGCCCGGGCUGUUGGAAGUGACAAUGUUGGAGGCAGUGCGAAGUGUUAGCUAGCGUAACGUUAGUGAGUAGGGAGAGGAGCUGCAGGGCUACGGGACUUGUUUAGGGGGGGGGACAGCAGGUAAAACUCGCAGUGUGGCAAAAUGGUUGCCUCUCCCCUCAGUAUCUUCACCCAGACGAGUUAAAGUGACAAGGGCGCCUGUCAAGGGCUUCAUUCCGCGAUUUAUCCCCCUCCACCUUCACUCCACACGUUUGUUCCUACUUCGAAAGCGCUGGGGAAGGGGGGGAUGUUUUGAGUCCCGAGUGGAGGCACCAAAACAAAUAACAUCAGUAUCAACAACAACACGGAUUUACAUUAACUAACUGUUUGUAGACUUGAGCCGAACACGACUAAGCGCGACCCGGUGCCCCUUUUACUCUCCUCCUUCCUAACAUGCUAUGGUAACUACAUUGCCCAGCCACGAAGUGAAGACCGGGACGUCGACGGCACAAACUUUUGGCGGAGGCGAUGCCAUGGAUGCGCGGGCAGAAAGCGGCGCCGCUCUCCCGGGCACGCCCGUGUCGAACAGUAGCCCAGCAGCGGACGCUUCGGCGGGCAUGGUGCUCAACAACGGGCCCGGAGUAGUAGUAACGAAAGGACCGGCGAGCGGGAGCGGCGGCGGCGCGCCUUCCACGUCCGGCACGGUUAUCAUCCAGACGAGCACAGCCACCGGAGCCACCGUGACCGUCGUGAGGCCGGCUAUGCAAACAACGACUAACGCUAUGGUUCACACCGUGAAUGGGAGUAACGUUAACAGCACCGCGGUUCUGAAUGUAGCUCAGCAGGCGCCCACAGCAGCAGCGCCCGCCACGGGAGUCACGUUGACGAUAACUCCCCAGACUUCGGGCCAGGCGCCCGCUCCAGGGGUGCUGACAACCAAGCCCGAGCCGGCCAAGAGCAUCAUCCAGAGCCCAGCUGGGCACACCGCGACCGUCACUCUCGCGCAGCAGCUGCAGCCACAGCUGCACGUGUCUCCCGGGCCGGCCAAGGGGGCGGUGCUGCAGCAGGGCGUCGCACGGAGCGCCGCUCCAGCCCCCAGCCCCGCGGGGGUCAGGGCCAUAGCACCGCAACAGGUGCUGGCACCGCGGCUCCCACAGAGCAGCCCGGGACAGCACAGCAUCCAGAACAUCCAGCUACCUCCAGGUAUGGUGCUUGUGCGUAGCGAGAGUGGUCAGUUGCUGAUGAUCCCUCAGCAAGUGUUGGCCCAGAUGCAGGCUCAGAUGCAGGCUACACGUGCUGUCACUCCUGCCAGCACCACGCCCGGGCAGAUCACAUCUGCACAGACUCCUGGUGCUCCGAUCAUGACUAGACAGGUGGCUCCUACCAUUAUCAAGCAGGGGCCACCCACAGCCAGCAGCACUGCUACCACCACACUCCAGAGACCUCCUGUUCAGCUGCCCUCUGUGGGCUCUGUGCUGGCAGUGCAGCCGGGGGCCGCCCCAAGGGUGGUGACUCCUGCCACAGGGACCAGCGUCACCUUGGCAACGGAGACGAUGGAGAAUGUGAAGAAGUGUAAGAAUUUCCUGUCCACGCUGAUCAAGUUGGCCACCAGUGCGAAGCAGUCGUCACAAACAGCUGCCAAUGUCAAAGAACUGGUCAAGAACUUGUUGGAGGGAACAAUCGAGGCGGAGGACUUCACCAGCAGGUUAUACAAGGAGCUGAACUCCUCACCCCAGCCUUAUCUCGUGCCUUUCCUGAAGAGGAGUCUUCCUGCUCUGAGGCAACUCACUCCGGACUCCCUUGCCUUCAUCCAGCAGAGCCAAGGCCUCCAGGCCAAACCUGCAGCUACUGUAGCGCUGACCAGCUCUACAGCAGCUAACAUGGCUCCUGCGGCAACUGCAGCAUCAGUGGCCUCUGUGGCCGCUGCAGUGACCUCAGCCACCCCAGGCACUGCAACCACUGCAGCCACCACAGCAACUGCAAAUACCGUGGCUACUGCUGCUUCUGCUGCUGUCACAGCCUCACGGACUCUUAUCCAACCUGCUCUCAGCAAAACCAACCAGCCUGCCUCAUUGGUUUUGCAGUCUCCGCAGCAAGGGGCGAUAGUAAAGACCCCCCAGGUUACCCUGACAACUACUCCCAUGGUAACACUCAGGGGUCAGCCUCAUAGCCGCAUUGUAGUUGGACAGCAUCACAUGCAAGUCAAACAGCUACAAACAGUGACAGUAAAGCCUGGUGCAGUGCCUGGGGCUAAACUUUCUCCCAGCCCAGUGACUCUUAUUGCAGCUCAGAAGAGCAAGCUAAAGGAUGCUGCUGGUGGGACAUUCAGGGAUGAUGAUGACAUCAACGAUGUGGCCUCCAUGGCUGGGGUGAACCUGUCAGAGGAAAGCGCUCGUAUCCUGGCCACCAACUCUGAUGUGGUGGGGGCUGUGACUCGCUCCUGCCAGGAUGAGGCCUUCCUUUCCUCUGCCUUGUUGCAACGUAGAAUACUGGACAUAGGUAAACGCUUUGGGGUGACGGAUCUGGCACCAGACGUGGUGAACCUGGUCUCCCAUGCCACUAAGCAGAGACUACAGAACCUUAUGGAGAAAGUCUCGGUCAUCGCACAGCAAAAGAACAUGACCUAUAAGGAGGAUGGGCGGUUCGAGCAGGUGACUGACGUACGUGCACAGUUGAAAUUCUUUGAGCAGCUGGAUCAGCUGGAGAAGCAGAAGAAAGAAGAGCAGGAAAGGGAAAUACUUAUGAAGGCAGCCAAGUCUCGGUCUCGGCAGGAAGACCCGGAGCAGUUGCGGUUGAAACAGAAGGCCAAAGAGAUGCAGCAACAGGAGCUAGCUCAGAUAAGACAGAGAGAUGCCAACCUGACAGCGCUGGCUGCCAUUGGACCCAGAAAGAAAAGGAAACUCGACUCUCCUGCUCUUGGCACUGAUGCAGAGGGUUCUGGGUCGUCGGCGAGCAUGACUGUGGGUUUAAGUGGUGGAGUGUCGAGACAGUUCACCCGCCAGCGCAUCACACGUGUAAACCUCAGGGAUCUGCUCUUCUGCCUGGAGAACGAGAGAGCAAGCAGUCGCUCACAGCUUCUCUACAGAGCGCUGCUCAAAUAGCAGCUUGACUACAGAGCCGUGCUACCACAGCAGCUCGGUUACAGAGCAGUACUCAAAUAGCUGUUUAUCUACAGAGAAGUGCUCACGUAGCUGCUCGACUGCAGAGCAGUGCUCAAGUAGUAGCUGCUCUGCUGAGAUAUACUCAAAUACAGAGCCUGAGUGCUCAGAUUGCAGCUGCACUAUUGAGUCCUGUCCGAACAGUGGAUGCUGCUCUGUUAGCCGCUCCUUUACUGGGUGCUGUUCUACCAAGUGUUGCUCUUCUAGCUGCUACCCUACUGAGCGUUGCUCAAAUAGUGUAAACAGUAUGGAGCACUGCUCAAAUAGCAGCCUUGCUCUACCACGCCAGCUCUGAUCCAGCUGUUUCCCCUAUCUUGCUCUCUCUUCCACCGUUAUCUGUCCCUCUUCUCUGUGUGUCCCUCAUUUCUAUGUCUUUCUUGUUCAGUUCAUGUUUGUCUCCCUUUUUAGUCUUGUCUUUUGUUUUCUCUGCACACUCACUAACUUAAACAUACACACACCUUCUCUUUCUCAUCGUCUCUUUCCUUCUCUCCCGUCUCCCUUUGUUUCCCAGCUCUCCGUUUUUUGUUUUGUUUUUAACUUCCUUCCACUUUUGAUUUUACAUGUGUCUAAAGAAAUUUGCAGUUAUAUAUAUCCAAUGUUUUUCAUAGAGGGUGGCUUUGUAAUGUGCAAAUUACCAAUGUAAAAAAAGGACAAUACACAAUGAAACUGCCCGUUCAUUUUGUAUUUGUGUUUUUAUAAAAGAGGUUUUAAGAAAUAAAAUGGAGAAAGUUUCUAUAAAA